GAUCAAAACAUUCCAUUUAGCCUAAAAAUAUUUGAAAAAUAACGAAUAUAAAUCGUUUUUUUUUCCGAUUUUUUUUGGAACAGUGGAACAGUAAGAUGUCAAUGAAUAGGUAUAUGCAUCCAAGAAAUAUUUAUAAAAACCCACCAAAUUUCAAACAACUGGCCAUUGAUUACCCAGAAUUUAGACAACAUGUAAAGCAGGAACUUACUGGCAAAGUGACCCUUGACUUCAAAGAUGUGAAUGCUUUGAGAGCAUUAUCCCGUACCUUACUGAAGAAAGACUUCGACUUAAAUGUGGAUAUACCUUGUAACAAACUGAUUCCUACAAUUCCUCUCAGACUGAAUUAUUUAUUAUGGUUGGAAGAUCUGUUGAAUAUAGAAAAAAACACUGAACAGAUACAUGGGAUUGAUAUUGGAACUGGCGCAUCUUGUGUUUACCCUCUUAUAGCUGCUAAAAAGUUCAAUUGGAAAAUUAUUGGCACUGAAAUUGACAAAGAAAGCAUUAUAUAUGCCAAACAAAACGUUCAGCAGAACUUAUUAGAGCAUUUUGUACUAAUACAUGAGGCUACAUCAAAUUCUAUCCUUUUGGAAUUGGUUACAUCUAGCAAUAGGAACUUUGAUUUCUGUAUGUGUAAUCCUCCUUUUUUCUCAUCAACUCAAGAACUUGACCCGUUUUUUAAAUCAAGGAAAUCUACAAGACCUCAUCCCAAAAACGCAUUUUGUGCAUCUACUAAUGAAGUUGUUGCAAAUGGUGGAGAGAUUGAAUUUGUAACAAAGCUCAUCAGGGAAAGUGAACAGUUACGAAACCAAAUCAAAAUUUAUAGUACUAUGUUAGGUCACAAAUCUAGUCUUGUACCACUGAAGGCACUCUUACGUGAAAUUGAAGUUUGCAGUUUUAAGCAAACAGAAUUUUGUCAAGGUCAUACCACUAGAUGGGGUUUAGCUUGGACUUUUUGUGAUAUAGACUUAAGGAAGAUACCUUCCACUCUGAGUAAUAUUAAGUCGAAAUCUAAACCACCAUUAAGCUAUGUAAUUCCUAGGUCAAUAGAUAAAAGUUACACAUUAGAAAAUAUUAAUGAAUCUCUUAAAGAAAAAUUUGUUGACCUGGAAUUUGUAACUAAUGAAUUUAAGAAAACUAAAGCAAUUAUCAUGUAUGAUGUCAUAGCAUAUUCUAAUACUUGGUCAAAUCAAAGAAGAAAGAGGAGGCUAAAACUUAAAUGCUCAGAAUAUGAAUCAAAUGUUGCAUGUGAUGACUCAAUAGAUUCGAAACUGAACAGUUCAAAUGAAACUGUAAAAAGCCAUAACUCUGAAGAAACAAAUUUUGAAGCGCAAGGUGCUUUUGAUAAGUUUGCAGGUUUAGAAAUUGCCUCAACAACCCCAAAGAGGGAGCUUGAAGAUGAAGAUGAAUAUUACAAUAACAAAAAGUUCAAAGGUUUUGAAAAUAAAAACAAUAAUAAUUUUUUAGCAAAAUUCUUUAUAACUUUGAAAAAACAAAAUGACUCAAUUGUUUUAGAUUUAUUUACUUCUGACAACAGUACUAAGCGGGAAACCAUUCAUCGAAUACUUCAAUAUUUGAAAAAUAAUCUUAAAUAAAGUUAUAAAUAAAUAAAUACUUCAAUAUAAAAAAAUAAUCUUGAAUAAAGUUAUUCU